AAAGAAAAGAAAAAAGUGGAUAAGGUGGCAACUCAUUGUCGUCACCGUACACAUAAUUACGGGACGCAGCCCCAAGCCCUACUCAUUUUAACAAUUUUCAUUCUCACAGGUUUUGAUACUUAAUUACAACAAUCAUGGAUGUCGAUUCACAACCAACCAUGGAGGAAACUAUUUUGGUUGGAGAUGAUUUGAUGCUGGGGCCGCCAUCUCCUCUCAUCCCACCAGAAAUUGCUUCUCAUGUGCUUGAAGGUGUUAAUUUGUGUGAUGGGAUUUUGAGGAAUCUAUUUUUGUGUUUGCAAAUCAAUGACAUUGAACCGUUCUGUCAAGAUGAGCUUGCUUUAUAUCGAGAGUGUGUUGAAAAGAGGGACAAGGAAAUUAGGCAACGGCUUCAAGAUAGUGAACGCAAAUUGGGGUUGUCAAUGCCUUUAGAUGGAGCAAAGGAAAGAGCUUCACAGCUUGAAUCAGAAGUCACAUCGCUAGAGAGGCGCUUGAUUCUUGCUAGUGGAACUGAAGGUGUUGAAGGAUUUCGGCAGCGAUGGAGCUUGCAUGGGCGUCUUACAGAUACUAAGAGAAGACUGGAGUCCUUAAAGCAGGGUAUGGAGAGCAGAAAUAACGGUGUGAUUAAUGAAGACCCAGCUCCAAGUUCAACUACCAAAAGAUGGUUCUUCUGGUAACAGUUUGAGCUGCUUUUGCGCACACAUCUUUCUUAUAACAUCCCUAGGCAGCCUGUGAAAACAGAACACUAAUCAAUUUAAUGAGAUGAAAAAGGGCAAGAGUCCAUGCCAUACUAUAUAGUGGAUGAAUAUUGUUUUUUUUUUUUAUUAUUAUUGUGAAGGAGAUUCGUGUGUACUUUAGCUACAUGAAAUUAUCAUGAAUACCAUGCAUAGGUUUAUUUUGAUAA